AUGCUGGAUCAGUCUGAAAAACCCAGUUUUCAUGCUGUGCCUAUGUUUGCUCUGGGCUAUCCUAUAUGUGCUUCAAUCCGAGCCAUUGAAACUGGAUCCAAAUAUCACAUGAGAAAAUUGGUCAUCUAUUGGACCCUUUUUGCUCUCAUUUAUCUGUUUGAAUUUGCUUUCAUCAAACUCAUUGAGUGGAUACCACUAUGGUCUUUUAUAAAAUUCAUAGCCAUUUGCUGGUUAGUUUUGCCUCAGUUUGAUGGUGCUUGCUAUGUUUACCAAAGGCUUGUGAAUCCUUGCUUGUAUGUCAAUCUACGAGCUUUAGUUGGCCGGCUUUGCAGACCAAAUGAUGAGCAAAGCCUUACGACAGAAACUCUCGUGGCAGUGACAGAGAGAUACAUUAAAGAGAAUGGUUCCGAAGCCUUUGAAAACCUUAUGAAAAGCAAGGUCAGCAACACGUUACAUGUUCGUCUAUCUGGAGCUUAA